CACCAAACGAUCACAGAAGAGGCAGCGUUUUGUUUGCAGGAUUGGAGCGGCGUAUAUUAAACACGUUAUUAUGCCUGUAUGACUCAGGGUAGUUUUAUUAAACUUAAUAUAAGCGUACAGGCUCAGGUGCUGACACCUAAUGGGUCCUUUUAGAAGAUAACUUUUCCUGCUAAUUGCAGGUUUUAAUUUCCCAAUGAAAACCCGAGCGGCACAUCCUUACCGUUACUCGGGUGUGAAAAACGGGAUGCUUUUAAUAUAGCAGCUGCACAGCUAGAAGGCCCUUCUGUCUGGGGUGAUAUAGAACAACCAACUAUGGCAUGAUACUCGAAUCUCAAGACAAGAGUUGGAAAGCUCCGGCAAAUAAGAUUUACUGCGAUAUAUCACCAAGUCUUCCAGCUGGUGCAUAAUCCACAGCCAACGUAAACACGCGAGCGCCAUUUCCGGGCUCGUGAUAGCGGCUAUAGUGGAGCGAGAGGUCGGAGCGAGAGGAGCGGGAAGUGGAGCGGUGGUGUCGGUUAACAUUCCCGGGGUGGUCGACGACGGCAUGGCAGCGGGAAAGGGAGCUGGGAAGCCCGCCUGGCUGUGGGACAAUAUGAGGUUACGGUUCAUCGUUUGCUUCUUCGGAGUCUUCGUGUGCUACUUUUAUUACGGAAUAUUGCAAGAGACGAUCACUCGAGGUGAUUAUGGUCACGAGAAGUUCAGAUUCGCCCGUACGCUGGUCUUCAUCCAGUGCAUCAUCAGUUGUGUCUUUGCAAAGAUCUUGAUCCAGUUUUUUGAGAGCUCCAAGCCAGAUCACACGAAGAGCUGGCUCUAUGGCCUGUGCUCGCUCUCUUAUCUUGGAGCCAUGGUGUCCAGUAACUCUGCCCUUCAAUAUGUCAACUAUCCCACCCAGGUUUUGGGGAAAUCCUGCAAACCCAUACCAGUGAUGAUCCUCGGUGUGACAAUACUGAGGAAGAAGUAUCCACUGGCUAAAUACCUGUGUGUGUUGCUGAUUGUGAGCGGUGUUGCUCUUUUUCUCUAUAAACCCAACAAGAGCUCUGCUGUUGGUGAUGACCAUAUUUUUGGCUUUGGAGAGAUUCUGCUGCUGGUCUCUCUGACAUUGGACGGUUUGACUGGUGUGGCCCAGGACCACAUGAGGGCUCGCUUCCAGACGGGUGCGAACCACAUGAUGCUGAACAUCAACAUGUGGUCCAGUCUGGUGCUGGGACUAGCGGUGUUGUGGACAGGGGAAGUGUGGGAAUUCCUGAGUUUUGCAGAGCGCCACCCGGGCAUCUUUUACAAUAUAUUUCUGUUUGGAGUCACCAGUGCUUUAGGCCAGACCUUCAUCUUCAUGACAGUUGUGUACUUUGGGCCUCUGACCUGUUCCAUUGUCACAACUACGAGGAAGUUCUUCACCAUCCUUGGCUCUGUUAUUUUGUUUGGCAAUGUAAUGACUACAAUGCAGUGGGUUGGCACCAUUCUAGUAUUCCUCGGUCUUGGAAUGGAUGCUAAAUUUGGCAAAGCCCCCAAGAAGACUACACACUGAAACACACUGGCGCACAUGUGGAAAAAAAGAAGAGAAAUACUAGAUUGGAAACACUAUAGCCAGUAUAUUAUUUUCAUAAGGCAUCAUGUACAGGCACACUAUAUGUGCCUAUGACUUGUUGAACUAUGGUCAGAUAUUUUACUGCAUUUAAAAGAGAGUCGUUGUAGUUUUCAACUCCAGCUUCUGUUGUGUACAGUUGAUAUACUGAAGAGAUGCAUUAUAUGGGAUCAAGUCCAGAAUGAGCUGUGACACAACCUGCAGUCCUUUUUGUGGAAGAAUUUGAACUGGCUGAAGUGCACAGGUGUAAACCUUAUUUUAUUCAGACAAAUCUUUAUUGUUUCUGAAACCAGCUCACCUGCCUUGGAUUGAUGUUGAACCAAACAAGGCCUUAGAAAUACAUUUCCAGCAGUUAACCCAUGAAAUUACACCAAAUGGUUUACAAAUGGAUGCUUGAAUGUGUGUAAUUGUAACAUUUAGUUUGUCUGAGAAAACAAUUAGUAAGUUUAAUGUCCUUUAUGAAAAUUUAGACGGUUGUAUGUCGCCUGUUGUCUUAUGUCCAGUCUUACUUUUAAAUUGUAUUUACGUUUAUUUUCUAAAGUUGAAAAUUACUUGCCAUAAAAGGGAAAUUAUUAUA